CGAAAAGGUAGACCAAGUUACAGUACCAAUUCAAAUGUAUACUGAUACUAUCGUGAUGAAAGUAGAGCAAGUGUAUUCGAACUACAACGCUAAAAGCUAGAGUGAGAUCAAGACGCUACUAAGAACAACUCAAGUGUUUCUUUCUCCUCGUCCAAUGCAUUCAAAGAUUUAACUUUUAUACAUAAAUAUGCAAAAUUAUCAAAAUCACAAGAAGAAACAAGGGAAAAUGUCGUCGUUUCUUCAACUCGUGUCUCUCCUCUUGCUCGUCGAAAGUUGCGUGGUGUUGGGAUUAUCUGCCACGCCUUCGACACCUGAUACUUUAAGGGCUUCCGAAUUGCAUUCCUCACUACCAGCAUCUUUGGCGCUUUUCCUGGUAGAAAAGAAGCUAGGGGGGAUGUUCUGAGGAAUGUAACUGAUUCCGUAGCUGCCUUUAAUUACUAGUGGUUCGACUUCGACGACAACUUCAAAUGCUAGAAGUAGCACUCCAUCAUUAGGUUCAUCAGCUCUUCCAGAUGAAAUGUUCCAGUCAGCAAUCGACUACAAUGCCACUGCGGUAGUUCGCAAACGCUUAGGACGACUGAAAAUCACGACUGAAGAAGACCACGAUGAUCAUGAUGAUACUAGUGGAGGUCAGGAAGAGAAUUUUACUGGUCAAGAUGAAGCUUGUGGUUGUGAAAUAAAGCUGACCACGACGAAAGGAGAUAAGUAUGAGGACAUAAUUGGUCCUUCUUGUAAGAGAAGAACCAGUGUUGAUCACAGCACAACUAGUGGCCUCAAAAGUAGUUCAACUAGUACUAGUACUUCUAAGGAACAAGGAGCAAUUCUAGCGUCUUCGGCAGAGCACGUGACUAUGGAGGUUCCUACAGAAGUUGCUGGUGGUCCAAUCCCAACUAGUGCAAUUGCCACAACAAAAUUGCCACAUGGAAGAGGAUCCGCAGGAGCUCUGUUAGAAGCCUCCCCCACAAGCAGUACUAAUAUCCAAGUUGAUGUCCGAGGCCAAGUCCAAAGCACUCCCUUCUUCGACCAUCUUCCGUUUCAGCAGGGUUCCAUGGACGCGUCUUGGUUGCUCAAAAAUGCCUCAUCUCUGCUAGAAGACGCUCAUGCUGCAGCAUUAUACUUGGCUCGUAGCACUGCGCGUGAGCAAAGUGGAGCAAUCAGUAGAAAAAAGUCGAAGACGCCGAAGAAUAAGGAUAAUUAUGAGUGAGGUCUUCAGGUUUUUGAUUUUGCAUAUCGAUAAGUACGCCAAGAGCGUUUCUUAUUUGUCUGCUCGAAUAUACUUAUGUAGUGGUGAUCAUAUUUUUCAGGGUAGUUAUAGACUUUGAGUCGUUUUUAAGUACAUGUUUCUUUGGAGGUGAAGACUCUAUCUCGGACAGACCACGCAGGUUCAUGUUGUCUAAGUUGCAGCUGCACCUGCAGGAAAAGGCUGUGGCCCUGAACCAUCAAAUUCAAGCGUUGGUGCAUCUUCGUGUCCGUCUUCAACUUCAGCAAGAUUUUUUUCUGGCUUACGUUUUGCACCUCCUGACAUGACCUCCAUCAGAAGUCCUACUAGUUCUUUUACCAUGCCGUUUCCGUCCGUGCCUUGUCCUUCAGUAAAAACGAUGAAGAAAAGCGUGAGUUCAGUUAUGCCAGACUCUCUGUCACUGGUAGUUCCAGGCCUAAGAGGCCAGAAACAGAAAGGCGCCAGGGAUAGGGAGUAUAGGAAGGCCAAGUCCACCUCUGGUUCAUCUACUUCUGGGUCGUCGCGAACAACAGGUGCCGAUGAACAACAUUUCUGCAGAACAACAAGUGCAGAUGAACAACAACGAAGCGGCAAUGUUACGAUGGAUUCCCAUCUAGUAAACGAUAGAUCCUUCUCGAAAUGUGGAUAGAGCUAGUGGAGGUGACUAAUGCAUGCUAUUGAAAUUGAAAAAGGACGGUAAUGAUCUUAUAUUUUUUAAGUUAUAAGUAUAUAUAAAGUAUACGAUCUGGAGGACGUCGAACGUCGCUGGCGCAUGUUUAUUUAGCCCUUUCAUUUUCCCAGAGAAGAAAAGCCAACCGAAGCACUGCUCGCAGGAAGCGGAUCUGUUUGAGAUUGAAGAAGAAUCAAAGGCAACUACUUCGACGAGUUCUAGUGCUUUCUCCUCUGCAGUGAAUUAUGCUCGUGCUGGUAUUGAGUGUGCAGCAAAGGAUGCUGCGGCUGGCAUCGAGAGCGCUGCGAAGGAUGCUGCGGCUGGGUUUGAGUGUGCAGCAAAGGGUGCAGCAGUUGGUAUUGAGCAUGCAGCUAAAGAUGCAGCAGAUAUGCUUCGCACUUACACCCCUGACGACUUUCUCUUCGCCCCAUGGGGAACAUCAUCCAUGAAAUUUCUCGACAACGAGAAGCCCUCCUCUAGUGGAGCCAGUGGAGUUGGGCCAGGAACUUCUUCUAGUGCAAAACAAGAAAUAGAACGACCACAAGUAUGCCCGGACUCUCAAACGGCAGGAGAUGAUGCCACAUCUUCUGGUAAAUCAAGACAGGGUAGUAAGCCAUCACCUUCUACUUCUAGAGCUACAAGUAAGAAGUCAUGCUGUAGCUCGGCUCCAUCAACGCCGGUUGGUGAGUCUGAAGGCUUUGCUGGAAUCCUCAAAGGCCGCGCGCGGACUGUGUCAACUUCACUCCCAGAGACCGAUAGCUUUUAAGGCUCGUGGCUAUUUGAGUGCUUUUCUCGUCGGGUUUUUGCGUUCGGUUUGCCAGCAGUUUGAAGACGGAAGCACGCCGCGGAGAGGGGGGCAGGGAUCCGCGCCGCCAUGGAAGAAACUGCCGCGCGUGGGUAAAGCUUCGGAGUUGCACCCGGGCGCUACGAGAAGACGCGCGCGCCGCCGCCUUCCGCCCGCGUUCGUGUCUGUGCGCGUGUCGGUCUUUUAAACUAACAAACAAGCCGGGAGGCGGUGUCGGAGGCUUCGCGCAUGGUUGGCACACACAGAGACGGCCCCCACAUGCCGACGCUGGUGAGCGUCCAAACAAAGACGGGGGCCCAGGGAGUUAAAAAAACACCCUUGGCCACAGCUCCCGGAUACGAGCCGGCACAUCCGGGCGGGCGCGGCCCGGCUAGUCUGUGGCCUGCCGGGACCAUAUGGGGAGCCUACUGCGGCUGAGAGUCAGUCCCGGGCUUGUGGCUGAUAGGAUAGCCGAAGAGACCCGGAGAAGAGAGUAGCGACCGGAGGCAGACGCCGGCCCUUGGAGAAGUUUCCCGGGUUGAAAGGGUUCGCCUGUUGCUGUGGCCUCUUGGGCUGAGAAGGUAGGUCGAGGAGGCGUUCGACUGAAGGGCGCCAGGGGGUGAGCUCGUGCAGGCCAGCGGCGUUGCGGCGCGGCUGGCGCUGGGAUUUUAAAAGUGGCGGUGGCUGAACUAGUGGCGGCGCCAAUGGAGGGGCGGACGCGAUAAGACUGGACUGGCGGACGCCAUAGCGGACAGCUUGGCGCUGUUGUUUUGCGUUUGGGUGGGCUCGGUGUCUUUUCUCUGGUGACCUCGCUGCCCGGCGCUACAUUGUGGGGCGUGUUGUUGACUGACUGUGGGAAAAACGGCCGGCUGUGAGAGCAGGGCGGCGGAGCAGCCUCCGCGGACUGGCCGCGGGGGCCCCCGGUUGACAGGACUUGCUCACCGCCCACCGUGAAGCGGGAAGCGCCCACCUCCUCCGCUGAUGGGGGGGAAGCAUUCUUCUUCUUGGGGGAGGUCGUUGCUUCGUUCUUGCUGGCUGGGUGCUGCAGCUGCUGGGGUUUUCUUAUUACUUAAUUAUCUGUGGCCCUGGCCGUGACUCACAACAGAGGGUGAGGACGUGGCGGUGGCGGGCUAGCCUGGCGCUGUGCAGGUGGGUCGGUGACCUGACUGACUGCGUCUGGGCACUUGUCGGGCGAUGACUUAAUAGAGGGGUAUCGGCUUGUUGAUAUUUUGCCCGCCUUGGUGCAGGGCAUUGCUUCGUUGCUAUGGGGCGAGCAAAGAGGUGCAGGGAGGCGACACAAAGCUUGUCGGGAUUUCCUUCCACCCACGUCUGAAAGCCUCCAUCCGCCUGCGCUUGACGGGCGCGGUCGGCUCUCGGUUACGUGGCAGCUUCCGCUUUUUCUCUCAACAUACAUACAACAUACUUGCUUCUUUCUGUCUGUGUGGCUGUGGUCGUCGGUCAGGGGAUGGAUGGUCCUGAUCAAUAGCGUGAAGCCGCUGAUUACUCUAAUCCCCGUCCGUUCACGCAUCUUCGCCGACAGCUUCCUCGCCAUGCUCAUCACCUGUUAAUCGAUCGUCCCCUUCGUCUCCACUUCGGAUCCUGGGCCGCAGCCUGAGUAAAAAUGGCGUUGACCACUUUGGGCAGUCCUCCAACGAGGUGGACGAGGAGAACAUGGACAUGCAAGUGGAUGAACAAGAAUUGCAGGAGGAGGAGGGGGACAGAGCUGCGCAAAGCGGAAAGUCCGUAAAUAAUAUGGAAGUAGAUGACGACCAAGAGGUAGGUAAGGCAGAAGUAGAAUAUGAGCAUGAAGAUGAUGCUCCACAAGAGGAUGAAGAGGAGUACUUUGACUCAAUAGAGGAGCCCACAAGCGAGAGUGAGCUAAUGAAUGAAUGGUUUUGGGUGGGUGGCGAGCCUCCUGCUACUAGGCGUUCCCUUAAAGGUGCAAAGACCGACCACAAGCAGAGAAAUAACGGCGUUUUUGAUGACAAGAACCGCAGUACUAGGCCUGCUACUUCUCCUAUUUCAUCAGAAGAUGGUGCAGGUCACUUGAACAAGCACCUAGUAGUCGUGUCUGAUCCAACUACUACUUUCACCACACGACCUCCUAGUUCAACACCUUCCAUAGAGCGAGGCAUAAACGCCACUUCUGCACCAGUUUUAUCAGAAAUGGCACGAACGACCGGGACCAAUGUUACAUCAAUACCACUGCAGGCCACAUCUACCGCUUCAUCAACAACAUCAACAUCCAAGGAAGCAUUGUUAGACAUGGUUCAGACAGCUCUUUCUGCGUCUGAAUGGGAAAAGGAUGGUGAGGUCCUUACUGACCCUGCUGGAGUAACGAGUCUCAAGUUCAAGAGAAUAGUGCAACUGUUAUGUUGAUCUUCAUUUGGGAACUCUUACUCUUUUUGUGUCCUCUAAGUAAAUAGAACCGGAAAAGCUGCAAUUCUUUUUGCUUCUGGUCCCUUUAUGUACCUGGGACGACCACUACCACCACCAACCUCUAAUCUCCAGCAUCCCGAAAAAGUACAACCUUGACGGGAAACGUUGGCCCCCAUUAGAGGGUGGAUUUGACCUAGAAGGCCUGUCUGGAGCCAUAGGAAAGAUACGGCCAUCGCCUGCGUCGGAGGAUGAUGCUGUGAAAAUUUGGCGCGAAAGGAUGGAGGCAGAACAAAAGGAGGCUGCUAUGCGCAGUAAAGCAGGAAGUGGAGGUGGUGGAUUUUUUUCAUCACCUACCCAUAAAGCAGGAGGUGCUCCUGGUGGACCUACCAUUAAGGGUAGGUUAAAGGUGCUUUUGUUACCGUUUGUUAUGGCGCUCCUAAGGGGGGCAGCCAUAACAAGCGGGUUAAACGAAUACCAAAAACCUACCUCUAAUACCACCUCAACUACUUCUCUGAUGCAAGAGGAACAAACCACUAACAUCGCAAAAAACUUCUUCCUUUCCAACGAGGAGGAACGUAGCACUACCUACUACCGAUUUCAAAUGAGAACGGUUGCGCUGGGUCGCGGAAACCAAAUAAUUGACAAUCUUGUCCUACCAGCACAGCUUUCCUCGUCAUCCCGAAGACACUACCAUUAUGUUGAGGUCGUUGGGUGUAGAUUUCGAAUAAUCGGGACUGUAACUGAACCCAUCAGGAGUCUGCAAUCAUUUUUCCCGAAAUGUAAAUCAGAGAUACAUCAACGUGUAGAACCAGAUCAUGAAGUAUCAUUGAAGCGAGUUGAAGAAUCAAAAUUUAUUGAUUUGUUUUGAGUGAGAGCGGGUUCUAUCUUAGCCCUCAGGACCUUGCUCCUCUUCUUGAACAAAAAAACAGGGACUACGACGGACAGCUUCUUCCUUUUUAGUUCUUCUCCGAAAGAAAAAUUUUUUGUAGCUUGCUUAAGCUUAUCAACUCCACCUUCUAAGUCCCACAGUCGCACCUGACGCUGAACCAGGCAGAAAGUGCUAAAGAACCGACGAAGACAAGGGUAACAUACGAUGUGUACCCUGAGGAGGAGGGAAGCUCAACCUCGAGUACAACUAGCACCACUGAUGAAGGACAUCAAGAAAAUAGAUGGAUCCUUCAAGUUCGUGCUGAGGUCAGGGUAUUAAGGCCCCACUUGAUCCAUCUUUUGCCGCAUCUUCAAGCUGUUUUCAAGUAGUCCAAAACUGAAAAUAACCGAGUUACUGACUGAAAUAUGGGAGGUAGCUUUGACGGGGCUUCUACACGGAUGAGGAGAAAGAUGGAUUGGAGUGGGUUCUAAUGGUAGACACGAGCUCACGCUUUGGAUUAUUAGCGAAGAUGAAAAAGAUGAUCGCUGCUGCGGUUUCGAGUUUUGCUUUACCUGAACUGAACCACGAGGAGAGCGUGUUUGGCGACAUAGCGGAGAGGAUUGCGACGGUGUUUGUCACGGAAUAUUAAGGGUUGGAAGUUGACCUAUCAUCUAAGAGCAUCUCUAUGGCUUCUUCAAGUAGGAAAGCCAUAGAUAUGCGAGCUGGAGACGCCAACUUUCAACCCCUAAGAAUACUUCUCAUCUUAAGGAGCGACCAUCUUGUGAGGAUAAGGUGGAUAGAUACAAAUUUUUCUGAGGUAGCAUCAAGUACGUAAAUGUACUUACACGCGAAUACAAUGAAGUUUGAGAAUUUCGUCGAAAGAAGAAAGUUAUUGGUGUUCACGAUGUACUAUGUAUGUUGUACAAUUACUGCAUGACAUUAUUUGGUUUCUAUGCAUUAUUUUUGGAUUCGGCACACUACUAAUGAAGACAAGAUCAAAAUUAAGUAAUCGCAUAGAAGAUGUGAUAACUCUGCUUUUUUUUGCACUGAGAGGUGUUGAUACAGCAGGAACUGGAUUGCCUUGCCAGCUCUCUACCGCAUAGAAGAAAACACUUUUGUAGAUUUUUGUCAUUUCAAGAACAUCCAUUGAAGUAAACGUGAGGUCAUUCAGUUUGAAUUUGAUUACAUCUUCCCAAUUUGUAUCCUACUUCUUGUGAGUAGUCUAGUUGUUUCGUGUUUUAUUGAAUCAUGUGCAGUGCAGAAUUACCAGUGCUGCGCAGUACGUAGUUAUUCAUGUCGUGUAUACAUGAAUGAAUGAAAUAUAUGUUAAUGCGUAUAUAUAAUGUUAUUUCAUCAUCACAGGAUGUUAUGCUCUUCCUUGUAAGAUAGGUUGCUUUCCGUUGUCUGUAAAAACUAUGAAAUAGAAAUUCUUGUCCAAUACCAAUUGCAUCACACCUCGUUGAGUUGUCACUCCGCGAAAGUUACGUGUAUCUAAGCAGAGCGAAGGGGGAUGUUGCACUCUUACUGCACGCGCGCACGAGUAUUCUGGAAACCCCACUAGGUGGCAUAUAUUUCUAGACAGCGUUAUAGACGUGGUGCGAAUAAACUAAGUAGCUCUGAUGUCAUCUCUCAGGC